AUGUCAUUUUUGAAGUCUCUUCAGAAGUUUAUUAGAAUGUCAUCCACCACAAUAUCUCCAGUCAUAGUAGGUCACAGAGGGUUCAAGGGAAAAUAUCCGGAGAACACUUUUAUCGGAUUCAACAAAUGUUUCCAGUCAGGAGGUUCCGUUAUUGAAACCGAUCUAUGGUUAUCCAAAGAUGAAGUCAUUGUUAUAAGUCAUGACCAAUUUACCAAAAGAGUGUUUGUUGACUCAGAAGGUAAUGAAACUAACUAUAACAUUCUUGAGACUCCAUAUAACCCCACAUUAAAAAAUUUGAAAACCAUUGAAGGAAACUACCCAUUAAUUACUUUCAGAGAAUUAUUGAAAUGGUUUAAAGAAUAUACUGAUAAGGAUCAAAGCCAGAAUUAUAAAUUAGAAUUAGAUAUCAAGAGAUUUAAUCCGGUCAAAAUUACGAAAUUCAUCGUUCAAGAUUUACUAUCAGUACACGACGACAUCACAUGGUGGUAUAAUAAAAUACAAUUUGGUAUCUGGGAUUUAAAUUUUUUGAAAUAUUUGAACCAAAAUGAUUAUUUUCAAGAUAAGUUUGGUUUGGAAUCGAAAUCUGGUUAUACCCAAUUUGAUAUUUUCAACAUUAGUUUGAACUGGAGGGAUUCAAUUCAUUAUAUCAACUAUAAUUUCUACUUGGACGAAACUGUUCCUGAAGAUAGAGUCAAAAUUAAGUUAACCGGUGUUUCUGUCAUUUAUAUAGCCACAUGGUCACAUGAAUUUUUAACCAAGUUUAUUCCAUUGCUUCGUAUACAAAAUCUUAAAUUGUAUUCCUGGACAAUCAACAAUUUCCUUCAAUUUAGCUAUUUGAGUAAAAUUGGUAAAUUGGCUGAUUUGGUUGAGUAUGGUGUUAUCUCUGAUGAUCCUGAAUUGAUGGCCAAAUAUAAGAAACUUCAAGAACAAGAAGAUGAAUCCGACAGUGAACAUCGUCCAUUGAUCCAACGUGAAAGUAAGGAUUAUUAUGAUGAAAAUGGGGAAUUAAGCAUUGAUUUAACUUUGCAACAAAGAUUUUUGCAUUGGGUCUUUGUUCAAUUUAGUCUGUUGGUUGGCAAAAGAGUCACCAUUGAUGAACAACAAUUUUCUGCACCAGUUGAUGAAAAUAAAAUUAGAAAAGUGAAGGUUAGUCCAAUUGCUCAAUGGAUUUUCCAAACUUUACAAAAGUAUGGUAUAUUUUAG